AACGACCAGUUGACGUCGAUUCGAGCGCGGAGGCACAUCAACUCAUAUCACAAGGGAACGAACGUUAGAGGUCGCUCAGGAUUAACUUAUUUUAGGUUUUAAAACUUCGUUAGUCAUACAAGAUGGGAAUGGACUACCUGCUGAAGAAAUGGAAGAUCUGGUACGCCUCACUUGAUGUCAACCACGAUGGUAAGAUCUCAUUUGAGGACGUGGAAGAGUCUAGGAACAAGUUUACCAAUCUUCACGAGCUUGUAGGCGAUAAGGCAAAAGGGGUGAAGGUCGACUUUGAAAAAUGGUGGAAUACGUAUAUUUUCCGGACCGGAGCGGGAAAGGAAAUUUCGGAAAGUGAAUUUGUAAAUAGUUUAAGCGAGGCGUAUAAAAAGGAUAAGGCAGGCUUCAAGGCACAGAUGCAGAAGUGUUUCGAUGAAAUCUUUGACGUUAUCGACACGAACAAGGAUCGAUCUAUCGAACUGAACGAGUUUAUCUAUGCCUUCAAAGCUUUUGGUCACGAGAACGAGGAAGUAAUUAAGAAGGCCUUUUCUCUGUAUAACGCCCCCAAUGGCCUGGUGCCUCUCAGGGAUAUUGUCAGCGAGUGGGUCAAAUUCGUCACGGAAGAAGACGAAAGCGUCAAAGACAUCAUUAUGGAGGCAUUCAGUGCAGGACUCUGAGCAACUCAGUCACGUAACAUUUUUACAAAUAAUCCCUCACUGUUUAAAACAGACGGUUGACCAAAGAGAAUCCCUUUUUCAUAUUUGAUGUGAAAACAAAGGGGGAAAACCCUUGAUCUAUGUCGGGUAAAUUAUCUCCCCUUUACAAUUAUUGGCACUUUUACAGAGCCCUUGUGACAGUGUAAUGGUAGAUCGUCCGGACCGGAUACGACGUCACAUUUUUUGUAAUACCUUUAGUGAAUUAUUAAAGAAACCUCUUCACCAAUAA